AGGCACACCCCUAUGAGGACAGCGAAUGGUGGCAACCCACAGCGCGCGCUGCAGUUUGGCGGAAUUGAUUUUUUAAGAUAGUACGAAGUGCGUGUUAUCCUGCUGGAUUGUAAUAUGUCAAAUGUAUUGGAGCAAAAGUUCAUAAAGUGUUCUAAGAAAUUUAUCCUACAAUAAAUUAGGGGAAAGAUGGCAGUUGCAGACGAGGAGCUAAAGGUGCCAGAGGAUAUGUUCAAAGAUGUGAAAUUUUAUGUAGUAGGGGACAUCGACCCACAGGUGCCCAAGCUCUUGAAAGCCGGAAAGGCCAAGGAGGUGUCCUACAAUGCACUGGCUACACACAUCAUUACUGAAGAUGGAGACAACCCGGAGGCAGGAGAGUCUCGUGAAGUCUUUGAUUUGCCUAUAGUUAAACCCAGCUGGGUAAUUCUGUCUGUUCGCUGUGGAUCUGUUUUGCCGUUUCAUCUGAAGAUCGCAGUAUUCUGUGGGCAUUGAUUACUUUUUAUGGCGGGAACUGUCAGUUAAUUCUCAACAAGAAGUGUACUCACUUAAUUCUUCCUGAGCCAAAGGGGGAAAAAUAUGAUUGUGCAUUGAAACGAGAAAGCAUUAAAAUUGUGACUCCAUGGUGGGCAGUGGAUUCAAUACGAGACAAAUCUAAAAAAGAAGAAGCUGCUUACCAUCCACGUCUGAUUGUUUAUGAAGAAGAAGAAGAGGAGGAGGAGGAAGAAGAGGAGGAGGAGGAGGAGGAAGAAGAUGAAGAGGAGGAGGAGGAAGAGGUAGAACAUGAGGAGCAAGAUUCUCAGAAUGAAGUUAGUGCAGAUGAAAAACAUUCAAGUAGGUCCAGCCCUAUUUCUUCUCGGGAGGCUUCACCCUUGAGUUCACAGGGAUUUUCACCGAAGUCAAAAGAAAAGAAUGAAAAUACUAAAAGUGAAUUAAUGUUUGAUGAUUCCUCAGAUUCCUCACCGGAAAAGCAAGAAAGGAAUUUAAACUGGACACCAGCUGAAGUCCCACAAGUAACAACUCCUAAGCGUAGGUUAACACAGAGCAAGGACUUGGGCUUAAUAAAUUUGUGUGCAAAUGUUCCUCCAGUACCUGGAAAUAUUGUGCCAUCUGAAGGAAGGAGUAACUUAAUAAAUCUAGGACAAAGUGCCCAAGGGCCUGAGAAAUCAGAAGUGAUUGCUUCUUGGAGUCCUGCUCUUCGCACAUUGAGGAACAUAACAAAUAAUGCUGAUAUUCAGCAGAUUAAUCGUCCAUCAAAUGUCGCACAUAUCUUGCAGACCCUUUCAGCUCCAACAAAAAACUUGGAGCAGCAAGCAAAUCAUACCCAUCAGGGACAUCCAAAUACAGUGUUGUUUACCCAAGUAAAACCUGUAUCUUCAGAGCCUCAGCGUUUGAUACAACAAUCUCACCAGACACAACAGAGGCAGCAACAACAGCAGCAACAACAGCAGCAACAGCAGCAGCAGCAUCCACUAUUGCAUCUUCAGCCUCAACAGCUCAUGCAGCUUCAUCAUCAGCAGCAGCAGCAGCAGCAGCAACAACCACCACAAAGUCAUCAGCAGCAUCAGAUUACCCAGCAAGCAUUUCAACAACAGCAGCAGCAGACCCGUCCGUUUUCCCAACAGCAUCAAGUGCACCAGCAGCAUCCCUUUCAACAGCAGCAGUUGCAGUUUCCACCGCAGCAGUUGCAUCCUCAGCAGGUACAUCGUGCUCAGCCGCAACAGCAACCACAGUUGCAUCAGCAACAACAUGUUUUGCAGCAGCAGCAGCUUCACCAGCUACAGCAGCAACAUAUACAGCUUCAGCAGCAACAGCAGCACCAACAGCAGCAGAACAUACUGCAGCAGCAGCAGCAACAGAAUCUGCAGCAACAGCAACAGUUGCAUCAGCAGCAACAGCUGCAGCAGUUGCAACAGCAACACUUGCAGAGACUUACUCAGCAGCAACAGCAGCAACAAAUGCAAACUCCGGUAUCUCAGCAGCUUCAGAUACAGGCUCACCAGCAGCAACAGCGCCAACAGCAGCACCUUCAGCAGCAGCAGCAGCAGCAGCAGCAGCAGCUUUUUGGACAUGAUCUUGGGAUUGAGGUUCCAGAAGAGUGUUUCCUGUUGGGCUGCGUCUUUUCAGUUGCUGAUUACCCUGAGCAGAUGGCUGAUAAACAGCUUUUAGCAACCUGGAAACGGAUUAUCCAGGCACAUGGUGGAACUGUGGAUCCCACACUUACUAACAGGUGCACUCACCUUUUGUGUGAAAGCCAAGUUAGUACCAUGUACACGCAGGCUCUAAGGGAAGGAAAGCGAUGCAUCACUGCUCACUGGUUGAACACUGUAUUGAAAAAAAAGAAGAUGGUACCACCUCAUCGAGCACUGCAUUUCCCUGUUGCUUUCCCUCCAGGCGCAAAACCGUGUUCACAGCAUAUAAUUUCUGUGACUGGGUUCGUUGAUAGUGACAGAGAUGACCUCAAACUUAUGGCAUAUUUAACGGGAGCCAAGUAUACGGGCUACCUUUGUCGCAGUAAUACAGUCCUCAUCUGUAAAGAACCCAGUGGGCUUAAGUAUGAAAAAGCUAAAGAGUGGAGGAUACCUUGUGUGAAUGCACAGUGGCUGUGUGAUAUCCUUCUUGGAAAUUUUGAAGCACUACGACAAAUUCAGCACAGUCGCUAUACAGUGUCAAGCUUUCAAGAUCCCCUUACUCCCAAUCAGCAGCUUGUCUCAAACCUUUUGGCUGCGUGGCGAGUACCAGUGAAAAUUUCUCCUGAGCUUUUGAUGGGUAUCCGAUUGCCAGCUAAACAAAAGCAGAAUGAGGCCAAUCUACAACCACCUGCUAAGAGAGCAAGAAUUGAAGAUUUGCCACCACCUACUAAGAAACUACCCCCAGAAAUCACUCCUAUGGUGGUGUUUACCGGAUUUGAGCCUGCACAGGUCCAGCAGUACAUUAAGAAAUUAUACUUUCUUGGUGGAGAAGUUGCAGCGUCUGCUCAGAAGGGUACUCAUUUGGUUGCAAGUAAAGUAACACGUACUGUGAAAUUUUUAACUGCUAUUUCUGUAGUAAAACACAUUGUCACACCAGAGUGGCUUGAAGACAGUGUCAAGGCACAGAAAUUUCUUGAUGAACAGAAUUUUAUUCUCCGAGAUGCAGAAGCUGAGGUGUUGUUCUCUUUCAGUUUAGAGGAAUCUCUAAAGCGAGCUCAUACUACACCACUUUUUAAGAACAAAUGCUUUUACAUUACUCCGGGAAUUUGCCCCAGUCUUUCUACAUUGAGAGCCAUUGUAGAGUGCGCUGGAGGAAGGGUUCUACCGAAACAGCCUGCUGUUCGUAAGAUUAUGGAGCAUAAGCAGAAUAAGAGUUUGCCUGAAAUAAUUCUAAUAUCUUGUGAAAAUGACCUCCAUUUAUGUCGAGAAUAUUUUGCCAGAGGCAUAGAUGUCCAUAAUGCAGAAUUCAUCUUAUCAGGAGUUCUUACUCAGACUCUAGAUUAUGAAUCAUAUAAAUUUACAUAAUGAUCAAGAGUAAAUGCUGCGUGGACCACUCGAUCUUUGUUAUACUGUCUGAUGGGUUUCUGCACUUCAGAAUGGAGAUGCUGAAUCACCAUAUAAAAUCUACUUUUGAUUCCUGCUGCUACUGCUGCUUGCUUGAAGAUACCUAGCCAACUGAUUUUGCAGUUCAGAGCGGGGAACGGGCUAGAUUACAUCUUUAAGAUGUGCCAUGUUUAUGUUCUAAGUAAACAUAACUUUGUAUUAUGUUUUGUACUAUAAUGUAUUAUUUUUAAAUAAUUAACUUUAGGUUUUGCUACUUAGCUUUUUUAUGUAGUAAAAUUGGUAUAAUAACUGCAAGUAGAACUUCUACUUUGAAAGGGCUACUGUCUUAAAUUAUGUCUGUUUGAAAUUCAUGUGUUUUGUACUCUACUUUUGUAUUUUCUCUUUCUCUGUUUUUCUUUUGUAUUAAUAUUUUGUCUAAAUUUUCAGUAAAUAUAAUUCCAAUGCCUCA